AUGACGCCUAUAUACCUUCCUCACGGGUUAUUGGAACGCAUUGGAGAAGUACGGGUCUUGGAUGAAACCCUGGUCACCUCCGAUGCAAAGCUCACGCCACUUGGGGUCUGCGCCUAUUGGGCCCUGGUAAGCCUGGCGGCAUUCACACUCAUGUACAAGCUGUCCCGCUACUACACGCCAUUGAUAUUUAAGGGUUAUGGCCAAAUGACAAAGUACGACCAGCGUGACUGGGACACACGUCUCGGCAACAUCCUAUACCCCAUCUACAUUGUGUAUUGGGCCGCACGCCUCAUCAUGGCGGAGGGCCUCUUUUGGGAGAUGGGCGGCAGCGCCAUGGUCGUACACCACCUGGGUUCCCUGGCCAGUGUGUUGAGUGCGUCUUGGUGGGGCGACGGGCACUGCUUGACGCUGUGGAUGUUGUCAACGGAGCUCACCACCCCCUUCAUCGCGCUGCGGUUCCUCCUGGACAAGGCGGGUCUCAAGUCCCACCCUGUGUAUGUGGUCAACGGUAUCGCCAUUCUGAUUUCCUGGACAGUGGCGCGACUGCUCAACUUCGUGCCGUUCUUUUCGGUGGUGUGGCAGCACCGUGCCGACAUUCCCCUCCUGAAACCCGUGUCACAAGUCCUAUUGGUGGUGUUUCCAGUCAUCCUGGCCGGGCUCAACUGCUACUGGUACACGAAGAUCGUGCGGGGAGCCAUCAAGCUUCGUACCGGUAUCGUACUGUACUACAGGCACUGUGUUUUGGGCGCAGCUCAGGACAUUGGAGGACUAACGUUGCGCGUGGUGUUGAGGACUAACGACGCACGCAGCGUUGACGCAGCGUUGCGGAGAUCCAUACCCGCUUUCAAUCCAGAUGUGAAAACUAUACAAAAAAGUCUAGAAGAUGUCCAAUAUUAUCUUCGCAUUCCACAGCGCAAGCCCUGGGGCAGCAUGGCAGCCAAUGUUGCCAACUGUCUGGCCCUCGCCCAGCGGCCCGACCUCAUCCUUACCGGCGUACCCCCCGCCGCUACCCCCGCCGCCGAAACCCUUCUCGACUCGCUCACCACCUCGCUCCGAAAGCUCGAACUCGCAGUCAAAACCCAACAACCCGACGCGGUCGCUCUCCGAGUCUCCGAUGCGCUGCGCACCGUAGCGGAUCUGGAGCUCCUACAGGCGCCCGGACUUCCUUUUUUGAUUCCCAAAGAGUACCAGUCGCUGCCGCGUCUUGUGGGGCGGGCGGUGGUUGAGUUGACCGUGGAGAAGCGGGACGGGUCGUUGGGUUUCCUAGACCCUGUUGCCGGCGGCCCGGCGAGGACGGGUCGGCUGGUGCUGACGCUGGACGGAUACAGUGCGCCGCUGAGCGCGGGAAACUUCCUGAAGAACGUAAUGGAUGGGUUGUACAAUGACAGGCCCCUCCAGGUCAACUACACGUCAAUAUUCGUACAGGGAUCACCCACCCUGGAGCGGCCUCCCGUGCCGCUGGAGAUAUUGCCUGCGGGGAGAGGGGAAAAGCAAAGCACGUCAGAGUUAAUUCGCUCGCAACGAAGUACCUACCAGCUCCAUACGACUCGCUCGGUGUUAAGGCAGUCGCACCAGGCCGAGCCAUCCACAGUCGUAAGCACGUACAAGAAGAAGAAGAAGAAGAAGAAGGCAGUGGAAGGUGUAUGCGCGAGCAGAAGGGAGCGGCAGGCAGAGUGCUCAGAGGGAGUGCUUAGCAGGCAGCAGCUGGCUGUGGUCGGAGUAGAAAACCUGGCCACGAGCUAA